AUGCCUCAAGUACCAUCGACUAGCGAUGUCACGCCGGGCGCCUUUGUCAACAUUAUUCUUAAAGCCGACCAACCGACCGGUCGCACGGUGCAGGGCACAGUGUCGCAACUGUUGACGCGCGGCAACCAUCCCAGGGGAAUCAAAGUGCGGCUCUCGGACGGCCGCGUGGGGAGAGUCCAGAGUCUAGCAGAUGGCGUCUCUCAUCAGGGAUAUACUAAGAACACCGAUGCUGAGGACACAACACAGGCUACCUCACGCAGCGCAGCGGCCCCACAGUAUGUCGACGCCAGGUACGACCAGGAGCAGCCCUCAUCCUCUCAGCCAAUUGGGUUAGAAGCGUACAUCAAGCCCGCGAAGAAGCGCGGGAAAGGAGAAAACAAGCCCAGCGAUGCUGCGGAGGCCACAACAGUAUCGUUCUCCUCCCCUCCUCAAAUGCCUGAUCUCUCUGAGGAACAAUCCCGCGAGAAGACAGACACAACGUGCCCCGUUUGUGGCGACUUCCGAGGCGACGAAGCCGCUCUGACACAUCACGUACAAUCUCACUUCGAUGACUGA